CCGCUCAUGCGCGAUCAGGCACUUGGCGCUUCUACUGACCAACGGUCGCAGAAAGAAGGAAAAGCGAGUCUAACACCGUCACACUAGCGAGAAUUCGUCAAAUAUCACCGGGCCGCAAUCCAACGACGAGGAAUGAGCAUUAUAUGAUCAAAUGGUGAGCGAGUAACGGUGACGGGAGCACGAAAAACGUUCAUUCGAGUCCCUCGACGACCGAACCUACGAGCCAUUUUGCCCGAGUCGGAAGGAAGAAAGAAGGAAAGCAAGGACGGAAGAAAAAAGGAAGUGUCGAGUCUAGACGGCGACAGCAGUGAGACCAUGAAUCCCGAAUACGACUAUCUGUUCAAGCUUCUGCUUAUUGGGGACUCCGGAGUUGGCAAAUCCUGCCUUUUGCUCCGCUUUGCCGAUGACACCUACACGGAGAGUUACAUCAGCACCAUUGGGGUGGACUUUAAGAUCCGAACCAUCGAGUUGGAUGGCAAGACAAUCAAACUGCAGAUUUGGGACACGGCGGGCCAGGAGAGGUUUCGCACCAUCACCUCCAGCUACUACCGCGGCGCGCAUGGCAUCAUCGUAGUGUACGACGUGACGGACCAGGAGUCCUACAGUAACGUCAAGCAGUGGCUCCAGGAAAUCGACCGAUACGCCAGCGAAAACGUCAACAAGCUUCUGGUGGGCAACAAGUGUGACCUGACCACAAAGAAAGUGGUGGACUACACAACUGCCAAGGAGUUUGCCGACUCUUUGUCCAUCCCCUUCCUGGAGACGAGCGCCAAGAACGCCACCAACGUGGAACAGGCCUUCAUGACCAUGGCGGCGGAGAUCAAGAAGCGCAUGGGCCCCGGGGCCACGGCGGGCGGUGACAGGCCCAAUCUGAAAAUCGAGAGCACCCCCGUCAGGCAGUCGGGGGGAGGCUGCUGUUAAAGGGGGGGCCCAAACUCCCGCCUAAUUCCCCACCUUCACCGCUGUCUCUGGUGUCAAUUGAUUCCCACCCCCCUGUGCUUUCCUCUGUGUGCGUCCAUCCGUCAUCUCCAUCUGACCUGGACCGGCCACAUUGUUUUGCUAGAAUAUCUGAUUUUUAUGGAUUGCCCCCGGCAUCAUCACACAAGGUCGGGGUGGGGUGGUGGGGGGCUGGUUUGUUCACUUUGCAAAGUCCACUUGGUCCUUGUCUGUUGCUUCUACGGUUAUCCCACAUUUAGCACGCCUUUUUUUUUUCAAUGCAAUUUGACGACACUCCCACACCCUUUUCUUUUUUUCUGCCCCUCUGCCAUCUUAUCAGCCCAAAUCUGCUUAGUGCACAGGUGCAAGCAUCUGGCCGCUUUUGUCCUGUCCUCUCUACAACGAGCGCAUGCAAACAUUUGCGCUCCUGCUGGAGAGGAAAGAUUUGCUUGGGCAUGUAUCAACCCAAUCCAAGGCCUCGUGAAUUUGUUUCCACACAGAACCGGGUGGUGGCUCGGCUCUUUGCACUACGAGGGCAAAACAAAUUGCAAAUUGCGGUGGGAGCUUCCCAUUUGCGAUAAUCUUCCGUGUCCUUCGAUUCCACUUUGGUUUCUCGCGUGAGCCGCCGUGCCAGGUUCAGGAUGAUGUCGCUGAAGUUGAGACACGUUGUCCAACUGAAACUGCUCUUUACUCUUGUCGGUUAGUUGUUUAUUUGAGUGCACUCUCGUCUUGAUAAUGUUGGCUUAUGACCAAGGACCUUCAAAAGUUGUGACUACAUAGCAAAAAAAAGUCUCAUUUGUCUUUCCUCUGGCGAUGACGUGCAGUGCCGAACAGAAGCGUGACUUGUAGGCUCGCUGAUGCUUUUGAAGCAUAAGGACGUUUCUGGGACGGACUGGUCUUGGGUUUCCGGACUAGGUAUGAUCUCUCGACUCGUCUGCAAAUGAGUAGAGCAGCGGCUUCUGUUUGAGGACAUUGGCGAGGAAGAGCAUAAAUGUGAAUUCUUUUUUUGGUGGGUUAAUGUUUUAAUGGAGCAGGACUGAGUCAAAACAUUCCUGAUCUAUUUGGACAAUUGUGACACCGGUGUCAUUCCAGCAGAUGCCGGACAUUUAGUGGAUGUUGUGCUUUGAUGACUGCUUAACUUGUUUCGACUUGCUCUUCUACUGAUUUUAACGUUUUCAUCGAUUAUUUACUGCUGGGCGGCGUGUCCACGCAAACUUUGAUUCUGUAGUUGUACACGUGUCUCAAAGCAGGUAACGUCCACGGCUUUUGUACACAUCUUCAUGGACUUGUUUAAAAAAAGAAAACGAGAAAAAAACAAGUACAUGCACACACACAAAUCAGGCACCUGUCAGUCACUUUUUUGUUUUGCUUGUUCACUUGGUGCUGUCUACUGCUGAUUUUUGACAAUGUUUGUCUGUACAUAUUAUAAAUAACUAUAUAAUAAAAUGAUGAAAAACUUCAACAAUA